AUGAUUCUUGAAUUCCGAAUUCCCCUUCCUCUUACUGUUGAUGACUUCCAAGUUGCCCAGUUGGCAAUGGUUAUCAAAGCGCAGGAGAAGGUUACGGGCGGAGGUGAAGGUAUCGUGGUUCUUAAGAACGAGCCUUUUGAUAACACUGAUGGUCAUAUGGGUCUCAGUGAGAUCAGUAAAACACCGAUUCCUAAGGUGAAGGGCCAGUACACUCUGAAGAAGUAUCUCCUGAGUUCGAUGUGCCCUCGCGUUCUGAAGGCUAUCAUGCCAGCAGAUUCUCUGUUUUUGUGGGAAGAAGCCUGGAAUGCUCAUCCGUACUGUUUAACUGUGAUGACAAACGGAUAUUUCUCCAUGGAUAAGUUCAAACUUGCUAUUGAGUCGCACUAUCUAAAUGAUGUGGGUACUUCAGAGAACGCUCUGAAUAUGCCUGAAAAAGAGCUCAAGAAGCGAGAAGUCAUUUUUGUUGACGUUGCCAAGAAGGGAAGCGAGAAGCUCCCCGCUGACGAAGAUGUGACAGUUUAUCACAGCCAGAAGCGGAACGUCGGUCCCCUUGCUCCCGAAUGGUACAAAACUGCAAGUAGGAUCGCUCUCUCUCAUAUCCAUCCUAGAUCCGGUAAUGUGCUGCUACAAGAAGGUGACGAUUCAAUAUCCUUAAUUCGAUAUCCUCGACGCCCUUAA